AUGCCUCGUGCUACAGCACCUCGGGCGAAGAUCCACGUCAAGCGAACUCCUCCGGUCCUUCUAACACACCGAGUUCGUCCUCAAGAUGGCAAUGGACCACGACUAUGGAACGCAAAGCGACGCAUCAAGACCAGCAGAGGUCUGCCCUUUCUCCGAGCUCAUGCCCUGGUCAGCAAAGAAAAACUCCAGGAGUGGCAAAGGACUUCGUGGAACAAGCUCAAUACAGAAGAGCAGAAAGCAUUCGCUCCCAUCUUCCGCGAAGACGGUUUAAACACAGAGUGGUGGAAGCUGGACAGAAAGAAUCUCGAGAGGUUCAUGGAAACCCACCCAAGCCUCCGUGAGGUCUCUAGCGAUGUCAAGUCCUUCAUUGCAGCUGGUUCAAUAAACUUCGAGAAAUCGACAAUUCUUCGCAUAUUGAUGGAUCCUGCGCGAUAUUUUGCCCUUCCCCAUAAUGUUCCUCUCAGCAUGCGGCGGCAGGUUUACUUCCCCGAUCCCAAAGACGCCGUGGUCCUCAUGCGUACGCCGCAUCUGGGUCCCCGUUACGCCGCGUUUGACGUACCGCUCCACUUCAAUAAAAUCGAUCUCAGAGCCUACCUGAAAGAUGUCUAUGGCGUGGAUGUUCUCCACAUUCGCAGCGUAGUGCUCCAACAGAAAGUCGAAAGAAAAGAUGGCAGAAGCAAAUAUUCGCAAGGGAAAUUGUUUCGUCCACCUAGCAAGAAGAAAAUGACUUGUCUCCUGGCGAAACCGUUUGUGUAUCCUGCAGAGCCAGAGGACCUGGAACCCUGGGAGCACGACCGGUACUGGGAAUCAAUGAAAGCCAUCGUGGAAAAGAACCGAGAAGAAUCCGAGUGGGGUAUGAUGAACCCCGAUCUCAAACACAGAAAGGCAAUGGCCCUGCAAGCUCAGCAGCUACUGAAGGGAAAGAUGAGAUGGGCUCCGACGUGGCAGAAUUUUGCCGACGACUGGCGUGCCAUGCGAGGAUUGGGGGCCAAUGCCAGCAAUCAACAGCCGUCUCAACCUGCGAACCCGUCUUCGUAA